AUUUCGUGUCGCUUUUUGGCGGUUCUGAGGCUUUUUGGUUUCGAACAUUCGCUCGACUUUCUCUGACAUCUCUCGCUUGCUCACACAGCUCAAAGCUCUCUUCGUCCUCUUUCUGCCUUCGUUUAGGACUUUAGGUAGAUCUUGGAUUUGUUUAUUUAUUUUUUGUUUAGAUUUUCUGAGCUCACGGAUCGGAGAGUUUGAGCUCGCUGGGGUAACUUUACUGAUGAAUGAGGUAAAGGAAGAUGAAUUGUCUGUUUCUACAUUGGAGGAUGAAACAAUUGAAGUUGAGCACUUAUUUGCAGAACCCAAGACUGAGCACGUUUCGGUUGAUGGUGUCUUAAGUUUUGGUGAUGCGAGUCUGGGAAAAUGCUUGCAUAUUGAAGAUUUCUCCUGUGGAUUUGAGUAUGGACUAACAAAUAACGGUGGUUUGGAUUCUAAUACUACUCAGGAAGGAGAAGACUUACAACUUGAUGUCCUUGAUGGAUUGCUGGAUGAAAUUGAUGAAGUGGAUGAUCUGGAUGCAACAAAUGGUCUCUCCAAUGCAUGUGAAUGUGAGGAUUUUCUUCUGGACAUUGAGUUUGCUGAGAAUGCUACCAAAUUGGAUUUGGGUCGUAGCAAAGAAUCAUGUUUGGGAAACUCAAGUUCAGAGAGUCAGUCUCCUGGAUUAAGUGGAAGUAGUAAUGGUGCUGUUGGCAUUUCAGAAUCAUCAUCUGUAACUAUUCUCGAAUCUGAAUGUAAGAAUGAUGCUCUUAACAAGACAGCAACUUGUAAGUUACAUGGUAUCUUAGUGAGCAAAUGUGGGUGUCGACCACCAGAUGAAGACAGUAUCCACGCUACUUCAUUAGAGUUAACAAAACUUGAUGACUUGAAUAGUGAUAAAAAUCUUUUAGCAUGUGGUAUCUCGUCUGCUGGGGGUGAGAAGAGAUUGCGUAAGCCGACUCGGAGGUACAUUGAAGAAUUUUCAGAUAAAAAGUUGGAAUAUAUGAAGCGGGGAGAAAAAUAUUCUGCUGGUAUGAGACGCAGAGCAUUAACUGUAAUUCCUGAGGAGAAAUCUUUAGGUGGUAUCAGUGUUCCAGCAGUGUCUCAAUUUCGGGCGCGGCUGGGACGACCAAAGAAACAGAAACAGGUGCCAAUAUCGGAGAUUGAAUCUGACAAGGAACUUGUCUCAUCUGAAUCGGAAGAUGACGGUGUGACCAAAAAAAUAUCUAAAAAACAUGAUAGGAGGAAGCAUCAAAGGAUGUGGAAUCCUUCCGAAGUGAUUAAGUUGGUUGAUGGGAUAUCAGAAUAUGGAGUUGGCCGAUGGACUGAUAUAAAAAGGCUCCUGUUUUCGACUUCUGCUUAUCGCACACCCAUUGAUCUUAGGGACAAAUGGAGAAAUCUUUUGAGAGCUAGCGGUGCACAAAAGCCAACCAAGAAAGGGGUUGAGCAAAAGCAGAAACAUUCCUUGCGGCCCUUACCUAGUUCUUUGCUACGCAGAGUUCUUGAGCUAGCCAAAAUUCAUCCGUAUCCAAGAGUGCGCAUCUCGAAGAAUUUAUGCGUAGGACAAGUUACCCCUGCCAUGGUUCCUUCUGCAAGUAAAGGUACUCCUCCAUCUAGUCUUGGUGGGAGAGCUGUAAAAAGGAAGAAGUAUAAUUGAAGCAGCAUCAUUGAAUACGAUACUCGGGAAUUUCACAUUAAUUUUAGUUGUAAAAAACCUGCUUUCAUUUGCUAGCUAUGCUCUGCCCAUAAACACCUAAUUUUCCAGAUAUUCUCAGAAUUCUGGUUAGAGAAUGUGAUGUAUGCCAGCAUAAGUGCGCCCAAACUUUAAAAUUAUAACAGCUGUGAAAUAUCUAACUGAUGUUUAAAC